CUUAGGCUAUCAAUUGGCGCUUUCCGUACUAGUCCACUACAGUCUAUAUAUGCAAGUUCGGGUGUACCGCCUCUGUACAUACGUAGAGAGAUGUUGUUAUGCAACUAUCUUGUUAAGAUGUUAUCAAUUAGAAACCAUCGAAAUGCCAUUCUUUUAAACGAUAAUGACACUAUACUAGAGUACCAGCGAAGGCCUACUGUAAGUAGACCUGCAAUAAUCAGGGCAUUAGAACUAUUAGGUACACUUGGUGAAGAAAGGCCCAAUUUAAUGCAAUAUGCGAUUACACCUUACGCUCCCUGGAUUUUGUGCGAUAAUAUCGAUACGGUACUGGACAUAUCGGCGUUCAGCAAAAACGAAACAUCAAAUAUUGUAUACAGAAUGCAUUUUAGGGAAACUAUAGGAAAAUAUCCGGAUGCUACAAUUAUAUACACGGAUGGUUCUAAAACAGAAAGGGGAACGGCUAGUGCUAUGUUUGUCAACCAGAAAAGUUAUGCUUGGAGACAUUCAGACAUCACCAGCGUCUAUGUCUUAGAACUGUACGCAAUAUGGCACUCACUGAUAUUUUGUGAAUAUGAAAAUACCAAGCAGGUAGUCAUAUGCUCUGACUCAUUAAGUGCCAUGCAUGCAUUAGUCAAUAAAGCAAAUUCUGUAGACCCUUUGAUAUGCAUUAUAAAAGAUCGUAUACAAUACCUACUAAAUAUUAAUAUUAGGGUGACAUUAAUCUGGAUCCCAGGUCAUGCUGGGAUUGCCGGUAACGUAGCUGUAGAUACGGCAGCAAAAGAAUCGACGAACUCCACAGUCUAUGAUGGAAUCUCUAUUCAUCCAAGUGAUUUCAAAAAACACCUGAAAAAAAGAAUGUAUGAGAAAUGGAACUCUGCUUGGCAAGAUGCAAAUACUUACCUGUAUAAAUUUCAAAACAGCACACAAGCAAUCAAAAUAAAUUACCAUUUAUCGAAAAGGGAAGAAAUUGUUUUCACGAGGUUACGUAUUGGUCAUACUCGUAUGACACAUCAACAUCUGCUGGGAAAAACUACACGAGAGUAGAGUGUCCAAAAUACGCAGAUCGGAGGAAUGUGGCAGGUAUGAGUGGAAACAUUGCUGAAGUCUUGGAUGGGGGUGAGGAGAGUCUGAGGAGGGUGAUGGAUUUCCUAAAAAGUAUCAAUUUGUUUAGAAUGCUUUAAAUAAGAAGUAACGAUUGAAGCGAAUAAAUUGGGCGUAAGACCUUUGUUGUCGUUGCCUUA